AUGGCUGCACCUUUGCAAAAUCUCAAAGCCUUGAUCGUCGGUACUGGUGCUGUUGGCUGUAUAUAUGGUUGGCGUAUGUCACAAACUGCAGCUGUGACAACCGUAUGUCGCUCAAACUAUGAUGUAGUUCGUCGUGAUGGAUUCGCUAUAAAAUCAAAAAAGUGGGGUGAAGGGACAUUCCGACCAUUUUCUGUCAUAAAGAAUACCAGUGAAGCUGCAAAAGACGAAUUUGAUUACGUUGUUGUGACCAUGAAAGCACUACCAGACAUCGUUGACUUGAGCCAAAUCAUUCGUCCAGCCAUCACUAGCGGAAAAACCACCAUUGUUCUUAUCCAAAAUGGUUUAGGCAUCGAACAACCUAUUGCAGAUGCAUUCCCAUCCAAUCCACUGCUAUCCGUUGUCGCUUAUAUUGGAACUUCCCAAACAUCAGCCGGCAAUAUUGUAAUGAUGGGAGACGAGCAUCUUCUGAUGUCACAAUAUCCCAAGGGCGACGAGAAGAGUGCCAAAGCAGCCGAAGAAUUUUUAGAACUUAUGAAGGCAGGAGGGGUGACCAUUAAACAGAUUCCUGAUAUCAAUCGCAUUCGAUGGCAAAAGCUUAUUUGGAAUGCUUCUUUCUCUGCCGUAUGCGUUGCUACGAACCUCAAUACCUCGCAAGUACUUGCGCAUGAACCUAGCGUCACUCUGGUCAAGCAUAUCAUGGAGGAUGUUAUUCGAGCAGCCAAUUCAUAUGGACAUGGAUUUGACGCAGAGCAUGAAAUUGCACAAAUGUUUAAGAAUACAAACUCUGUUGCUAGCGAUUACAGGCCAAGUAUGCUCUUGGACUCAGACCGGGGACAACCAAUGGAGGUUGAAGUCAUUAUAGGAAAUCCUCUACGUCUCGCUCAGAAGAAUGGAGUGAGUGUGCCAUAUCUUGAAAGCAUAUAUUCCAUUUGUUCUGCAAUCAAUGCUAGCAAACAAGGAAAAAUCAAAGUUGAAGCCAGGAUUUAA